AAUGAGAGAGAAAGAGAAGGAGAGAGAGACAUUUGUUGUUCUGCCGGUUGUUGUUAACAUUGUAAUUAUUGUAAACAAAACAAAAGAUGAUGAAGAACUAAAUUUUAAAUGGCAUUCUAAAGUUAGGUCAAAUAAAAUAGACAAGUAAUAAAUUCAGAGCAAUGUGUCUGUGGUGUGUUCACUGUUCAAACAAAACUGCGCGCGCAGAAAAACGAACCUACUGCAAAGGGAGCCAGCAAGAAAGUUUCGAGAGGUCCUGCCGCCUAUGUGCCGAGGAGCAGGAGACAACAAUCAUGAUAUUUAGUGAGGAAGCUGAGGCUAUGCUUUUUAGAAACAAGCUCAACCAAUAUCUUUUGAUUGAGGUUGAUGAGGAUGAUAAACUACCAAAAAAUAUUUGCAUUAAGUGUUGCACGAAGCUACAAACUGUGUGUGAUUUUAUUGAUACUGCCAGAAAUUCCCAAGUGCUAUUGCUUAAAAAGAGCAUAAUGAUAGAACAGUAUGUGAGUAGUCUCCAAAAUGAUGAAAAAAGUUUUAGGAUCAUCAAUAACGGAAUUAAAUUGGAAUAUGAUGGCUCUGAUGAUGAAAGCAAGUUCACUGAAAUGGAGAUAAGUGUCGAUCCAAACAUGGUACUUCAAAAUUCUGAAGAACCAUUGUCACCUUGCCCGAGUGCUGAUGAGAGCAGCACCACAUUUGAAGAUGUUACGCAUCUGCACGACGUAGACAGCGAAAAUGUGACAAUAAAACUAAUAAAAAAAGGUGACAAAAACCUACCUCAAAUUUAUGAUGAUGAUAAUGGCUAUUGUCCGCCAAAAAAGGAACCUAAGCCAAAACCAUUCCCAUGUGUUACUUGUAAGCGUAGUUUUCACUCUGAAUUUGCACUGAAAAAUCAUUCCUGGAUUCACAUAAAUGAAGAAAAGUGCCACACUCAGUUCAGGUGUAGUACGUGUGAUGAAGGCUUUGAUUACAAGAGUGAUUUGAUAACACAUUUGAAGAUUCAUAGAGUUAAUGGAAUUUGUCAAUUUUGUGGAAGAAGCUUUAGAACAGAAAGAAAUUUGGCUGCACACAUAGCUGUUCACCUGUCGGCGACUAAAUCCCAUACUUGUAAGGUGUGUGGCCGGUCGUACAACACACUCAGUAACUUGAAGACUCACAGCAUCACCCAUAGUAAUGAGAGACCGUACCACUGCCAUCUUUGUAAGAAGAGCUUCAAAAGGAAUCAAGAUUUAAAGUUUCACAUAAACCAGCACACUGGAGCGAAACCAUACAAGUGUCCGUUCUGCGACAAGAGUUUCGCGAGUUCCGGCAACUGCUACUCCCACCGGAGUCGGAUGCACCCCGGGCGUCGGGUCGACGGCAAGAUACGCCGCAUGAUGGCAAGGACCACUCAACAAUUCGCACCUAAGACGCCGCUGCAGCCUCAAAUAGUAGCCGUGAAGGGCGUCAUCAAGUACAAGUGCACGAUAUGCGAACACAGCUUCGUGAAGCGAGACAAUUUUACAUAUCAUAUGUUUCAACACACGGGAGAAAAGCCGUUCCACUGUUCGUUUUGCUCGGAAAAGUUCGUCACUCGAAGAGGUUUGCUGAUACACCACGACAAGGAACACGCGGCGAAGGACCGGCCGCUCGCUCUGUUGUCCAAGAACAUAUUACUCAAGUAGACUGUUUCAGUGUACCGACGACGGCACAUCAAGGUAAAUACUGGCAUCUUAUGUGUUAAUAAAUAGGUGCUAAUUUCCAACAAAAAUGUAUGAUGUGCUGUCGACUGUAAAUUGAUAAAAGUAUUAUUACUUCUUCCGAAUCUAUAACUUUAAAACAUUUUCAAGUACCUACUUUCAUUGCCUCAAUAUUUUGAACAGGAUAGCUUGCAUUAAAGUACUAGAAUUGUUAAAACUUAGGUUGAGUUUAUUGAUUAUUCUAGGAUUCUUGUUAAAGACUACAAAUUACAUAAACACUAAAUGCAUUCAGUGAACUUUUGUUACAAGUAGGUGUGGAAUGUAUACUUUUAUUUAAUGUGCAGUAUUGACAGUAUAAAGUCUUAUGUUUUAAUUUCAUAUGAUACUUUCAUAUCAAGUGUCGCAAGUCUAAAAAUUAAUUAAGCGCAGUAAAUGCAGUGACAAAAAAGAUAAUUUUAAGAACAUUGAUGUGAAUUUAAUGGUUAGUACAUAGUAACAUUUUAUGCUUAAAAUUAUGGUAAUUUUGAAGAAAUACAAAUAUUUCUCGCUUUAAGUGUUUUUUUC